AUGCAUACCUGGAUGGUUGAGUCCAGGUGGAUAAUUCACGCGGAUACCAAGUACAACAUAAACGUAGCUGUUACAGCUAAGAAACACUACAAAUUUCAUACAUGCAAAAUGUUAAAAGAGCACUCAGAUGCUAGCAUUUGGGUAAAAAAGGCCAGUUACACGCCCCUACGGUUGAACAAUGAGGAGAGAAAAACUCUUGAGAUUUUGGAAGCAGCUCUAAAUGUGAUUGAAUAUACGGACCAUGUUGAUAUUCUAACAUACUCAUCUCGGUCGCGAAUUAUUGUAAAACAUUUAUCCGAAAUGUGCAGCAUUCUCAGUGGUCUCGUCGUUGCGAUGGAUAUUAAGCUUGGCUGCAAACUUUUCGAUGAUAAAGAUCAUUUUGCAAAUGCGGAUUUUUUUAAACGGGUGUUUGAAAUUGGCAGACGCUAUAAAAUCAUGAAUCCUGGGAAAAUGCGAACAACUUACGGCGCCAUGAUGUACAUGUGCCAAGACUCAAUGCUCCCUGAAGUUCGCUCUCAGAUGAAAUUUGACUUUUACGCUCCAAUACGAACUGUUUACACAGCAUUGAAGGAAAUCGAAUGUCUUGAGUUGCUAGAUGAUACUCAAUUACCACAAGCAUUGACACAAAUUCCAACCGAUAUAAAGAAAGAACAUCGUUUAGAGCUAUUGGGACAGAGAAAUCAGGCAGUGAAAGAGCUGAUAGCUAAAUUUGAUAAUAACGACAAAGAUCGUGCAGCUACCAUUGAACGUUGCCUGGCCUCUCUGGCUGACCAUGAAGCUUUUCUUGUCGCAAAUAGAAAUCCAGUCGAACAGAUGCGAGACUAUUUGCACCAGUUUUUUUCCCCUGAAGAUUCCUCAAAAACUGGUAGUCUAAAAAUUGGUUUCAUGAGCGGUGCUCGAUUAAAUCAUAGUCACAAGACACAAUUUUAUUAUGUGGACCAAAGCUUGCUGUUUUGGACGCGGAUGAUGGAUCAAACGUUUGACCUUUGGCUUCAAAGUGAUGCCGAUCUACUCAAUAAUAAUGGACGUUAUCACAUCUCCGACACUGGACAAGGUUUGAACCGGGUUCAGCAAUGUCCUCACAUUCAGCGGUUAAUCCACUCGAUUUUAAGUGCGUCCCAAAAUGAGUCCUCUGUGAGCUGGAUAGGCAGCUCGGUUGUUCAUCUGGGAGAUAGAGCUGUCCCCAACGCAUUGAUGUUUAUUGACAAGUACAGACAAGUUCCCCAUAUCCUCACACCUUUGGUUCAGGUAAUGAAACAAUUGGAAAGCCUAAAGGAUCCAUUCCUGGUUCAGUAUAUUGAUGACGAAUAUGGUGGUGUUCAUGGUCUGCAGAAAACACUUUUAUUGGAUUUCUUUAAACAUGGUUUUGAUGGUCGUGGAGCCGAUAACUACUACGACGCGGGUAGCUGUAUUGAUGGUCGUCUUACAAGUGCAUGGAACUGGACGAAUGAAAUCUCCAAGAAAAAGUAUUACAGAGUAUUGCUUAUGUCUGGCUUCUUAAAUUUUGAGGGAAUCUGAAGUGAUUACACGGCCGAACACAUUCAUCCGUUAACUUCUUUUUCUACGCUGAUAUUAGAAUUAUGAUUUAGAUUUGGAUCCUGAGAAAAAACGGUGCAUAAAUUUGCAAUCGUAUAGACAAAAAAGAAAAGUGGCGUAUUUACUAAAUAGUUUACUGAAAAGUUUAAACAGUUUUGUUGCUGCACGAGGUCGUACCGAGAAAUCAUGAGGGUAAGGUAUUGUCUUGAAUCGAAUAGCAUGGUACAGACUACUGCUGAAUUUCUCUUUCCAACUUUGUUUACUUUUACAUUAAAAGAUACUUUGUUGAAAGCUAUUAGUGCAGCCGUUCGAAAAUGAUAGAUAUUUUUAAGUUUUGAAGAUAUUUGUGUACGGAAUUCGGCUUGUCAUUUACAAAUAAAAAGAAGUAACUUAAUGGCUAGUGGACCUAAAAAAUAUACAUUAGCACAUAACUGAAUCAACCAAAAUUCACUCGUAAUUAAAAAGUUUUUAACAUAGAAA